CGCCGCCGCCGCCACCGCCGCCACCGCCACCACCGCCACCACCACCACCACCGCCACUACCGCCACUGCCACCGCCACCGCCACCGCCACCACCGCGGAAGCCGGAGCUGCCGGGCGCAGCGGCGUCCGCGCCAGACUGGAGCGGGAGGGUGGCCGAACGCAGUUGCUGGGAAUUUGUCAGCCCGGAGGGCGAGCGAUCGGGAGAGAGACCCCACGAGCUGGGGAGCGGUGGAGAGCGCGGGCGCCGGAGCGAGCCGAGCCAGCCCCGAAAUAGAUCUAGAAAGCCAGGUUCCCGGAGGAAAUGGGACUGUGACCGAACCGGGGAGCAAGAAGGGAAGGAAGCGCCGGGCUUGCUGAUGUCAGAGGAGCCCGGAAAGUCGCGCUGGAAAAAUCCUAAGACAGCCGGGGCUUUGCUGCUUCCCCAGGAGAGACACGGCCAGCCACCCCCACACGCCCCCUCGGCGCCUCCGGGUUCCCCCCCGCGAGCCGGCGACAGCGCGCGGCGGGGCUGCUGCGGGGCGACGGGGGACUGAGGGGCGCGCGGACCGGAGACCGAGGGGCCACUUCAGGAAUACAGAUAAGUGGCUGGCGGCUGGACGUGGAUUUUAAUGAAUUUGGACUCCAUGUGGAUUUGGUCGUCCCCGUGAUUGCGAGCUGCGGGCAGCGAGAGGGGCAGCGCGCCGCCCUCGGCAGCCGGCGGCCGAGGCGGACCGGCCGGGAGCGGAAGGACAGACCGACGUCGGCGAGCUGGAACCAUGUGAGGGCCAGCCCAGGAAGGUGGAGUAGAUGAGAGCUCCGAGGAUCUGUGUCCUCCUUCCCUCGGCCCCACUCAGAAUGGAACAGAGGCGGCCCUGGCCACGGGCUGCAGAGGCCGACAGCUGGGCUGUGGUCCUGCUCUCCAUGGUCUGGGUGCUGCUGGCCCCCGGGGUCGCCGGCAUGCCUCAGUUCAGCACCUUCCACUCGGAGAACCGGGACUGGACCUUCAACCACCUGACCGUGCACCGAGGCACGGGGGCAGUAUACGUGGGGGCCAUCAACCGGGUGUACAAGCUGACGGGCAACCUGACCAUCCAGGUGGCUCACAAGACGGGGCCUGAAGAGGACAACAAGUCCUGUUACCCACCGCUCAUCGUGCAGCCCUGCGGCGAGGUGCUGACCCUCACCAACAACGUCAACAAGCUGCUCAUCAUCGACUACUCGGAGAACCGCCUGCUGGCCUGCGGGAGCCUCUACCAAGGGGUGUGCAAGCUGCUGCGGCUGGACGACCUGUUCAUCCUGGUGGAGCCGUCGCACAAGAAGGAGCACUACCUGUCCAGCGUCAACAAGACCGGCACGAUGUACGGCGUGAUUGUGCGCUCGGACGGCGAGGACGGCAAGCUGUUCAUCGGCACCGCCGUGGACGGCAAGCAGGAUUACUUCCCAACCCUGUCCAGCCGGAAGCUGCCCCGCGACCCCGAGUCGUCCGCCAUGCUCGACUACGAGCUGCACAGCGACUUCGUCUCCUCCCUCAUCAAGAUCCCCUCCGACACCCUGGCCCUGGUCGCCCACUUCGACAUCUUCUACAUCUACGGCUUCGCCAGCGGGGGCUUCGUCUACUUCCUGACGGUGCAGCCCGAGACCCCUGAGGGCGUGGCCAUCAACUCGGCGGGGGACCUGUUCUACACGUCCCGCAUCGUUCGCCUCUGCAAGGACGAUCCCAAGUUCCACUCCUACGUGUCCCUGCCCUUCGGCUGCACUCGGGCCGGCGUGGAGUACCGCCUCCUGCAGGCCGCUUACCUCGCCAAACCCGGGGACUCCCUGGCCCAGGCCUUCAAUAUCAGUGGCCAGGAUGAUGUGCUCUUUGCUAUCUUCUCCAAAGGGCAGAAGCAGUACCACCACCCGCCAGACGACUCUGCCCUCUGUGCCUUCCCCAUUCGGGCCAUCAACCUGCAGAUCAAGGAGCGCCUGCAGUCCUGCUACCAGGGGGAGGGCAACCUGGAGCUCAACUGGCUCCUGGGGAAGGACGUCCAGUGCACCAAGGCGCCGGUCCCCAUCGACGACAACUUCUGUGGACUGGACAUCAACCAGCCGCUGGGAGGCUCGACUGCAGUGGAGGGCCUGACCCUGUAUACCACCAGCCGGGACCGCAUGACCUCCGUGGCCUCCUACGUUUACAAUGGCUACAGCGUGGUUUUUGUGGGGACGAAGAGCGGCAAGCUGAAAAAGAUUCGAGCUGAUGGUCCCCCCCAUGGAGGGGUCCAGUACGAGAUGGUCUCUGUGCUCAAAGAUGGGAGCCCCAUCCUCCGGGACAUGGCCUUCUCCAUUGAUGAGCGUUACCUGUACAUCAUGUCUGAGAGACAGAUCACCAGGGUCCCCGUAGAAUCCUGUGAGCAGUACACGACCUGUGGGGAAUGUCUGAGCUCGGGGGACCCUCACUGUGGCUGGUGUGCCCUGCACAAUAUGUGCUCCCGCAGGGACAAGUGCCAGAGGGCCUGGGAACCUAACCGAUUUGCGGCCAGCAUCAGCCAGUGCAUGAGCCUCGAGGUGCAUCCCAGCAGCAUCUCAGUGUCUGAACACAGCCGGCGGCUCAGCCUGGUUGUGAGUGAUGCUCCUGACCUGUCUGUGGGCAUCUCCUGUGCCUUUGGGAACCUGACCGAGGUAGAGGGACAGGUGUCUGGGAGCCAGGUCAUCUGCAUCUCACCAGGGCCCAAGGAUGUCCCUGUCAUCCCUCUUGAUCAAGACUGGUUUGGGCUAGAGCUGCAGCUGAGAUCCAAGGAGACUGGGAAGAUAUUUGUCAGCACCGAGUUCAAGUUCUACAACUGUAGUGCCCACCAACUGUGCCUGUCUUGUGUCAACAGCGCCUUCCGCUGCCAUUGGUGCAAAUACCGGAACCUCUGCACUCACGACCCCACCACUUGCUCCUUCCAAGAGGGCCGGAUCAAUAUUUCAGAGGACUGUCCCCAGCUGGUGCCCACAGAGGAAAUUCUGAUACCAGUUGGAGAGGUUAAGCCAAUCACUCUGAAGGCUCGGAACCUGCCCCAGCCCCAGUCGGGCCAGCGAGGCUAUGAGUGCGUCCUCAGCAUCCAGGGGGCAGUCCACCGCGUGCCCGCCCUGCGCUUCAACAGCUCCAGCGUCCAGUGCCAGAACAGCUCGUACCAGUAUGAUGGGAUGGACAUCAGCAACCUGGCCGUGGACUUCGCUGUGGUGUGGAAUGGCAAUUUCAUCAUCGACAACCCGCAGGACCUGAAAGUCCAUCUCUACAAGUGUGCGGCCCAGCGGGAGAGCUGCGGCCUCUGCCUGAAGGCUGACCGGAAGUUCGAGUGUGGCUGGUGCAGCGGCGAGCGCAGGUGCACCCUCCAGCAGCACUGCACCAGCCCCUCCAGCCCCUGGCUUGACUGGUCCAGCCACAACGUUAAGUGCUCCAACCCUCAAAUCACCGAGUGAACACAGCAACAGGAGUUGGAGGCCCUAAGCAAGUGGGGUCUCCUGUUGGCGUUCUUCAAGUAGAGGCUGUGGAGAAAUGAAAGAGCCUCUCCAGGGAAGAGAGACAAAUCCAUGCUGUGUCUCAAGCCAUGAAGGGCCAUCAUUCGGGACAGGACAUGCAGGAGGGAGGAUCCAGGCCUGGAAUAUUUCAUCCACUAUGAUCAGGAAUAUUUCCUUUCAUGUUUGCGGCUCCUACCCUCAACCUCCCUUCCUUCCCUUGUAAAAGUCAUCUUCAGUUUUUUUUAACUUUUCAUUUUUGAAAUAAUUUUAGACUUAUAAAAGGGUACAAAAAUAGUACAAAGAACUUUCAUAUACCCUUCACCCAGAUUCUCCCAAAUUAACAUCUUAUAUAACCACAGGACAAUUAUCAAAAUCAGGAAAUUAACGUUUGUACAAGAGCGCCAUGUAAUAUACAUGCCUGAUUCACAUUGUGCCGAUUAUCCCGUCGAUUGUCCCCCUUUUCCCGAUCCAGGAUCCAACCCGGGGUCACAUGUGAGGUUCUGUUAGCGUGUUUCUUGAGUGCCCUGGUCCUCAGUCUUUCUUUGUCUUUCGUGACCUUAGUGCUGUUGAAGAGUGCAGGACAAUUAUUUUGUAGAAUAUCCCUCGAUUUGAAGAUGGCUGUCUCCUCACAAUUUAAUUUACGUGAUAUUCUCAUGGCAAGGUGUACUAACAAAAAUGUGGAGUACAUGUCAAAAGUGCACAGGAGUCAACUUGAUUUGGCGCCAGUAGCCAAAUCUGGGACAAUCUGAGUAAGAAAAUAAGUGAUACUAAUUGACUAUAAACAAUAGAAUAAAAUAAGAAUCUAUGCUCCUUCUUGAUACAAAUAAAUAAUUCAUGGGAGAGGGAGGAAGCUCUUCUACUAGAAUUCUAACUCAAAAAUGUUAAAGAACCUAGGGAAAUAGAAAAUCACCAUUUGGCAAGAUUCACAGUAAUAAUUAUUUCAGGAAGAAAGGCCGAUGGAUACUAAAAUUAGUAAGUGAACGUAUGAUGAAAAAUAGGAUGUUUAUAUAGUCUCAAGCCAUCUCCCCACAAGAUAUGUACUAAUCUCAACAAGAAAAACAGAAACUUUACAGAGGAUAAACCUGGUAGACACUGCUUUUUACCAAGUGAUGGAAGUUAGUAUCACCAGUAAUGGGAAGAAUGGACCUCAUGUGCCUCUCUGACAUUUGUUACCAAAAAUGUAUCAUUUGUUAAAAGUAACUUUUAAGAAGAGUUAGCUCGUUUUCUUUACCUUGGCUUAAUUCCUUGACAUUGGCAUAGAUCUUUUUCUUAAUAAUCAGAAUUCAAUGGGAUCCGUGCCCUUGUAUAUGUACCUCCCCCUUGUCUCUGGCCCCCGCCUUCAAAAUGUGUACCCAGUCCGUGCAAGCCCAUCUCAAGAGCCAUUUACUAUGAAGAUCCUUCUUCGGGGAUGAAAGGGGAAGGGUUCUCUGGUGGCCGGUGCUGGCUGUAGGAGGCAGCAGAAUUUCCAAUGCUGGAAACAAAUGGGGUCCGGAACUGCCCAGGGGCGGGGAGAUCAAUGCGUGACCCCGAAUGAGUUCUGCAUUAGGGAAAGGAGUGGGCUCAAGCUUAGUUGAAUGAACAGCUGUGUUCAUCCUUAACCCCUUCUCACCCAACUGUCUCCAUGGCAACCAAGCCCACCCCUAGAGACCCACCUCCUGUGGCAGCUUCAUGGAGGACAAGUCUUACAGCCGAUGUAAGAAUUGCUCAGUCUGCAUAAACUUCAGGUUCGAGCCCCCCUCAGAACCCAGCAUCCGCUCCUUCUCAGCCAGCCCGUGGUGUGAUAAUGAUGCUGUCCUGCGUGGGAGGCAUCCCAGGCUGUUCCCAUUCUAGUUGUCAGCCGGUGUCUGUGCAUGUGUCACCUGUUCAACCCCGGGGACAAGAGACGUGCAGAGCUUUGGAGAGGCCGUGAGAUGCCUGGCCCACCUGGAAGCUGUGCUUCCAGAACUGCUAGGGCCUCAGAGAGGAAGACAUUACAAGCCACCCGCUAGAAAGGAAGGCCCAGAAGCAACAUUUUCUGUUGAGCUGGGAAGGGGCAGCAUUGGCAGAAAGGGAAAAAGACACCGAAUAUGUGGUUGGGGAGAAAAAUAUAGGAAGGGUCGAGGGGCUCUAGGGCUCACAUGACAGAGGUUUCCACUCAAAGUGACUGUGUUGGUCCACUGGGCUUAGACAACAGAAAUGUAUUGUCUCACAGUGCUGGAGGCUGGAAGUCCCAGAUCCAGGCGUCCGCAGGGUUGGGCCCUUCUGAGGGCUGUGAGGAGAAUCUGUUCCAUGCCUCUCCCCUCACUUCUGGUGCUUUGGGAAAGCAGCAGUCUUGGCAUUCCUUGGCUUGUAGACGCAUUGCCUUCAUCUCUGCAUGACAUUCCUUCACGUGUCUGUCUCUGAUUUGUUUGUUUGUUUAAAUAAGGAUCCCAGUCAUAUUGGAUAAAUGCCCACACUAAUGACCUCAUUUUAACUUGAUUACCUCUGGGAAAGGUACCUGUCUCCCAAUAGGUCACAUCCUGAGGUAAUGGGAAUUAGGGCUUUCACAUAUGAAUUUGAGGAGGAUAAAGUUCAACCCAUAACAGAGCAUUGCAAUAAAUAAGUAUUCAUUUAAUGAGUGACUGCUGCAUGCGAUGCACUGUGCUAGGCUUGGAAGCUAUCACAUGGAUAAGUUAGUUCUGUGAGGGGAGGCAGGGGGUGCAGUCCUUCACUGCAAAGCCCCAGCCUAUCCCUGAACAUGGGGCACCUGGAGGAGGCUGGAAUCUGCUUGCCCUGCAGGCCACUCUGCUUCCUCCAAAGGACCUAGGACAGAAAUUUCUCAUCUACACCCUUUGCUAUUGUCUCUGUUUAGAAGGAGAACUACAGCAGGGACCCAGGUCUUGACACCUAACGAGGACACUUACCUCAGGCCAGGGACGUGAACAGACAUGAUCCACAUCCUAGUUCUGGGAGUAUUAAUAAUAGCCAGACUCUACUGUGCACCAGGACCUUUGCAUACCUACUCAUGCUAACAAUCCUGCAAGAUGCCCAGAAUUAUCUUCAUUUAAGAGUUGAGGAAACAGUGCUUAGGGAAGUAAAUCAUUUGCCCAGAGUCACCCAUUUGGUUAGUGGCAGAACGAAUUCAAAACCAGGGCCUUCUGACUCCAGAAUGCAGACUCUCCCCACCAUACCAUGCCAGCCAUCUUGGUCAGAGGGAUGGGGAGGGGUUUCCCUGGCUAUACACUUUUCCACCUCACUCCACUGCAAGUGUACCAAAAAUAUCUGUGCCCAGGAUCAGAAUUCUUUUGGAAGGUCCCAGGGGAGGCCAGAAAAACAGGGAGCAUUGGCUACCCUUUGUAUUGAGCCUUAAGGUAACCUUCACCUGUCUUCCUAGACAUAAUUAGGUCUACGCUUAUUCCUAUGAGUGGUGGGGGAGCAGGAGGAGCAUUUGGGGUGUGUUUAAACUUAGGGUGACCCCCUUCUUGCCUGUACAGGAUAGAGGUUACUUUAAUUUUGUAUGUUUAUUAGAGUUAUCAGACUUGAUCCGAUUGGUUUCUGGUUGUGUCUAUCAGUGGGGUGAUGGGGUUGAGGUGAAAGUUGGAAUUUAUGGAGGCUGGUGGUUGGUUCUUUUCAAGCUAAUGGGAGCCCAGAGGAUGGGGCCUACAUAGCUCACACCUACAGGUGAUGAUAGAGGUCAGGGGGAAAGAAUAAGCAAAGCAGACUUGAAAUGCAAGGGGCAAAUCUUCAGUGUUGGCAUUCUCAGGGACUGGCCAGGAACCUAUCACCAUUUGGUACCAAAGAAUAUUCCUAUGUGUUUCUGAACUCACCUGCCACAUUGCCCAGUAAGGCCAGCCUGAUGCCAGGCCAUAGAGGGGCUGGUUUUACACUCAUCUGUCCAUUGACCAUGUUGUAGAUUUUACUUUGUGAAUUUUUCAAUGUCACUAACUUGCCCAAUCCCUCACUAGUUUAUGCUCAGGGAACAUAAAUUCUCUUUAAUACUGUCUUAGGUAUGUGUAACUGGGAAAGAAAACCAAAUGUAGAAAACCAUGUGCAUUGCUUUUUAAAACCAAGCAAAAAUAACAGUUGAUACAAUAUUUGUUGGAGAUGAUCCAUUGCUCUUGCAUUCCUUCUGCUCUCCAUUUGCCCAAAUAAUUGAAAGUGGAUUUUUUUUCUUUCCUGGAUUCUCUCAGUUGUGAACGCAUUCGUGAAAUUGGGGAGUUGAACAUUUACAAGUAUUUAUCUGUAAGGCUGCACAAAAUCUCUGCAGGAAAGGCCAAAAGCCACCUGCCCAGGGCCAGAAAGACUCGCUUGCAAAGUUCCCAACAAAUAAAUAAAUAUGUCACCCAGCUUUCCUGAGAAACAAGUCAGCACUC